AUGCUUCCAGAGACCCUGCGCGCCAGGGUAGGCAGCGGCAAGCUCUACUCCCAAUCCAGCUUCAUCCUCUUCCCUCCAAAGCUGUCUUCGCCCCUAGCACCGGAGUCGGAGAGAGGUCCCCCACCUCCCAAGCCAACCCUACUCAUGUACUGGCGCCUCUUCAGCUACCCACCUAUCGGCAUCGUGUCCUUCAAUACCGCCAUGCUCUACUCGACCUACUUUGCCAUCGCAGUGCAAUUACCCACCGAGCUCGCCGACCGUUACAACUGGUCCAGCGCGGGCGUCGGCGCCGGUUUCAUCGCCGUCGGCGUCGCCAUGAUUGCAGGCUCUUUGGUAGGCGGACGCUUCUCGGACUGGCGUAGGGCGCGCGCAGUCAAGACGUCUCCCGACAACACCGUCGACCCCGAGAAUAGACUCGCAGACCAAAUUUGGGGUGUCAUUGUUUGCGCCGGUGGAUGUGCCAUGUACGGUUGGUUCGUCGACAUCUCACUCCACCCUGCCGCCGUUUUGGUCGCCACGUUUUUGACCGGCUUCGGGAUGAACUGGGUAUUUGUGGCCACAACGGCCUUUUUGACCGAGUGCGUGGCCCAGCAGGCUGCAGGUGCCUUUGCUCUCGGAAACAUGCUGCGGAAUCCCGGUGCCGCCAUCGCCGCCCUCGUGAUCCCUUCUCUCGUCUCCAAGAUGGGAAGCGGAUGGUGUUUCACAGGACUCGCCUUGUUAGACUUGGUCCUUGUCGGGUCUGCUGUAAUUGGUUAG